AUGAGCGAUGACGGGCGCGCUUACCAACCGGGGGGAGCGCCUCCUUCGGCUGGGCGGUUGGGCGGCUGGCGGCUGGAGCCCGGCGAGCUAAUCUGGGCGCGCAACGACGCGGCGCACACGUGGCGCGGGCGCCCUCGGCGGCAUCGGGAUGACGAGGUCGGCGACGGCGACGACGACGGCGACGAACCAGGCGAACGACGGCGGGCGAGCGCAGAGAACAAAGGGCGCCACGGGGCGGCGUCGAGGUCGUGCGAGGACACGCGGGAGCGGACGGCGCUCGAACGGACGACGUGCGAGACCGACUCGGGCGAAGACGGCCCCGUCGACUCGCACGUCAGGACGACGGCGACCGCGAAUGGAGGACCGUCGCCUCAGCACUCCGUCUCCCUGCAGCAACGCCGGUGCUCGUCGUCGUCCUGGGUCGGUUGCGCGGUGCAGUCCCUCCCUCACCUCGUUCGUCAGCCGCCCGGGACCAUCUCUCGCACGCCUGAUCCUCCGCAUUCUACCCAGACUCAAUCACCACAGCACCACCACCAGCCUGCGAUCAGCUGUCAAAGCCCGCCCUGGUGCGCUGCGCACGAGCCUAAAACCUGCACCGCCGCUGCACGGCUCGAUGGUCAGCACACCCGGCAAGGACGCCUUCUGUGGACGGCGCGGCGGGGCGCGGCCGUGCGAGAACGACGUCGAACGUCGAACGUCCUCCGCAGGCCGUCUCACAGCGUUCAAACGUUCGACCUCGAGGGUCUCGGAACAAGUUGCGCGCGCAUGACGAGCGUGCCCCCCUUCCGUGCUCGGAACGCAAGCACUCAGUACUGCAGUGCUUACGGCACACCACCUGGCACCCAGCCACCGUUUGCCGUUCGGCGGGCUGAUCAUCCCUCAGAACACGCGUCCGCGAGCACUCCGGAGCCUCCUGCUCCCAUCGAACCCACCGCGGCUCCGCACUCUGGCCGCCCGGCCGCACGAGGCGGGACGCCUGGAUCGUCCGUGGGCAUCCCGGUCCCCGGAGAGACCCUCUUCAAUGCGACCGUGCAGGCGGUGGUGCUGCUGGUGACGGACGGGCUCGGGAGCGCCGUUCCACCCCGGGCCGCGAUCGUUGGCCACACUCAUCUUCGCGUACGUGGUUCUCGGAGCGCGGGCACCGGCGCCAUCGCCAUCGCCAUCGCGGACGCCAGCACGCCAUGCAUCGUUCCACUGCGCCGCGGCGGCGUUCGGGGACCCCAGCCCCGCAUGCGUAUCAGCAACAGAAACAGCCAACUUCGAAGCUCGAAGAGAAGGAGGAGAAGUGUGUGGUAG